UACACCAAACUGCUGCACUCCAUCACAUACAGUCGGUUCAUCAAGUCACUGUAUUCUUACUGCAACUUGAGGCUUGCAGUUCAUGGAGGAAUUUAGCACAGCCUAUUUGUUUUAUUCUACAGAUUGAUUCACUGAACAUAUAUACCUGCUUAUGAGAAUGCCAAUGUAGCAAUAAAACCAAGAACAUGGCUGCAUCAUCAUCAGGAAGAGAAUUAGAGGAGAGCAAUCUCACUUUGUUUCCAAGGCCUCCAGGUGAUGAUCUUACCCAGACAUCAAGGUUCUCAAUUACUGGCUGGUUCCGCAAGGGAAAAGCAGAUUCCCAAGGUUCCAAGUCCAGUGACAAAAACCCUGGUAGCCGACCCAAGGAUCUACCAAUCAGGAAGUCCGUACUAGAACACAAACAAGAAGAAGAAGAUCUAGAGGCUGAGAGAGAAGCUCCAACCAACACUGAAAGGAGAUCGUCUGAUGGUAGAUUGAAACCCGAAGGUCAAUUAAGAGGUUUACUUCCUCGAAGCCUGUCUCCUUUGGUCGGUGGUGGGUCAAAGAAGGAUCUGGACCAGUCUUUGUCCAAGUCCAGAGGAUAUGAGUCCAGUGUAUCAGCACCGGUGGUCAAUUACACUCGGAGCUUGACCACUGUCCUUAAGCACCUUAGUAGUUUGAUUGAGAGGAAGGGACAGGAUCCUACAACCUAUUCAGACAGCAGUCUGCGACAGUAUUGGAUGCCAGACAGUCAGUGUAAAGAGUGCUAUGACUGCGGGGAAAAGUUCACUACGUUUAGACGGCGCCACCAUUGUCGGGUGUGCGGACAGAUUUUCUGCAGCCGCUGCUGCAAUCAGGAAGUUUCAGGCAAAUUCAUAGGAUUCAUUGGAAACCUUCGGGUCUGCACCUACUGUUGUAAGGUUGUGCUGAGCUAUGCUCAGUCGGCUUACACUGGUGACCUCAAAGCCCUACAGGAGGACCUGAUGACCGUUACUGAGGCAAACACACCGAAUUCGGAGGAUGCCGUGCUGACACCAAGAAAGAAGUUCUUAGGAUUCAUGGAUGAAGAUAUGAGAAGAACAAGUCGAGCAAUGAGUGUUGGGAGUGUGGACGCUCCUUCAUCCUCUAAUCUCUUUGAAGUCUUUCCUGGUCUUACCAAUUCAACUGAUUCACAAGUAUCCAUUGUUGAAAAUCAAAAGCUAUUGAAUUCGGCACAACUUCGAGAUCUGUGGGUCCUGAUAAAGAAUCCCAACAAUGGAAUAAUGUUUCAGAAUCAUCGUUACCGUCUACGGACCUAUCCUGAUUGCAUCAUCGGUAGCGAGCUUGUUGAUUGGCUCAUUCAAAACGACAAAGCUGCUCAAAGAGUACAAGCUGUGGCCAUUGGUAAAGCCUUGCUAGAUGCUAAAUGGAUCAAGUGUGUUACAUCAUCCUACCAGGAAGGUUUCGUUGAUGGAUAUGCCCUCUAUUGUCAAGGAGAGUUAGCGGAGAGUCAGGACUUACUCGCCCCCCAGGGCAGUGAGUCGGAGAAUCCCGUCUUUGGAGAGUUCAUGGAACCUGUAUGGUUCAGAGAUAUUCAUCAAGAUGAUGACAUCAACUCAGAGGACGAUCUGUUAGACCGCAAAUCAAUGAAUGAAGCAGUCAUCAUCAGCCUUCCCGAAUCGUUGCCUUCGAUAGACCAUCCAACGGAGGAACAGGACGGGAGCGAUCAGUCUCGCCAAAAAUACAAUGCUUCCCCAAUACCGACCUUCAAAUUGGAGUUAGAUACAGGAACUCAUGAUGGUGGACAGAAGGAAGGAUUGGCCAAUGGUCAUUGGGAAGUGACCAAUCAAGAGAUCUCCGUUCCUCACACCACAGAUUCCCUUACAGAUAGUUUUGGAGGGACCUCGGCGAUAAGUCAACCAUCUCCAGGCCUGUCCCAGUCCUUCCCCUGGAGCUACGAGAUGUUGGAGCCUGGUCUAGCCUGUCCAGAUACAACUGGGGACCUGGUCCUGGAAUCCAUUAGGACUGAAGCUAACAAGAUCCUUGUUGCUUUCUUGGACCAGCAGCUCCAGCAUGAAGGACUAGACCCAAGCUGGGCAGAGAAGAUCCUGCCUCUUGCCAAGAAGAUAUGCUCAAUGGUCAAACCCAAUGUUGCUGAGGGUGAUGUAAUGGAUAUCAGAUACUAUGUCCACAUCAAGAGGGUCCCAGGAGGCAGUAGAUCUGAAUGCUGUUUGGUCAAGGGUGUCAUCUCAACCAAGAAUGUGGCACAUAAGAAGAUGUCACAGAAGCAAAGUAAUCCUCGGAUUCUUCUAUUACAAGCAGCCAUUGAGCAUCAGAGAGUACAGAAUAAGUUAGCUUCCCUGGAACCUCUAGUUCUUCAGGAACAUGAAUACCUCAAGAACUGUGUAUCUAAGAUCGUUGCUCUGCGUCCGACUGUCUUGGUCGUAGAGAAGUCUGUUGCGAGACUCGCUCAAGACUUCUUAUUGGCUUGUGGAAUCAGCCUUGUACUCAAUGUGAAACCUCGUGUGGUGGGUAGGAUAACCCGGCAGACUGAAGGUAGCAGUAUUUCCUCCAUCGAUCAGGUUUCUGCAGCUAAACUGGGCACCUGUCAGAACUUCUAUCUUCAGAGGUACACCCUACCCGGAGGUUUCACAAAGACUUUGAUGUUCUUUGAUGGCUGUCCUGGUCAUCUAGGAUGCUCGGUUUUAUUACGGGGAGGAGGCAUUGCAGAACUCUCUAAGGUGAAGAGAGUGCUGAAUCUGAUGGUGUAUGCCGUCUAUCAUUCUCGUCUCGAGACCUCGUACCUCAAGGACGAGUUUGCCAAGCCUCCUCUGACCCCAUCCCCCGCAGGAAGCCCACCAAACUCACCACCAUCACCCAUGGGACAGACACCUGGACGACAAGCUAUGAAGGACACAGGAACCUUCCAUGAAGUCAUCAAGGCUGUCAGGAUUGAACAGGCUUUGAUCAGGAAACCUGCAGGAGUGGACAACCCUGCAGGAGAGGUAGAGACAGGCAUUCCUGUCCUUGCAACCCCUCCAUCGAGUCGGAGAGGAUUCAAAGCCACAGUGCAGAAGCUUCUGAUGGGGAAGGGGAGUGAUGGAAGUGAUCAUAGUGGGAGUAGCAGUGCCGCCGGUAGCAGGAGAAGCAGCGAUGGCACUGUGGGUAAUGAUCGGACAGGAGCUGUAGGAGUAGCAGCUAAAGAAAGUAGCAAAGAGAUGCCAAGUGGGGCUGCCAAGCUUCCUCAUGCAAGCACCUAUCCCAGCUUCGAUGCAGCAAUAGAAUCUGAAAGCCUGACAGUAGAUGCAGAAGGUACUGGAACACCCAAAAAACAUGAUGAUGCUACAGUGGAAGGUAUAUCACGAAUAGGUGCCGACUCAAGUUCUAGCCUCAGUGCAUCAGAAAAUGGACUUCUCCAAGAAUAUGUCCUUGUUGACGAGAGUAAACAUGAUCAUAAUGCCAUUUCUCAAAGUGACUCGAUGGUUGAGAAAGGUGGUGAGAUUAAAGUGAAAGACUAUCAGGUUAAGAAGAUCAGCAGCAAAGAGGAAGAAGAGAACGUCUUCAGCUUUGAUGUGAAUAGCAAUGACAGUGAGGCUGAGGAAGCUAUGGAAUCACUGGACUCAACAGACCCAUUAAAAUCAUCCAGUGAAGACAGUCCAUUAGAGAAGGAGGACAGAGAAAGGUUUUCCAGGGCCUUCAACAACACUAUUCUGACAAUUUCACCAUUUCUGGCAUUUCCUGCACCUUACUUUGAAACCGAAGAAGGGAGGCAGUCCCCAAACCGACACUUCUUUCCACAGAAUGUCUUCUGGUCUCCUAAGCUCCAAGACAACCCAGGAGAUGUCUCUCAGGCAGUGGAGGCACACCUGGAAGAUGACGAUCCUAAAGACGAUGUGGUUUACUGGUCGACAGAUCGUUGCACCCACAAGAUCAGCUCCAUGGGCUUAGCACAUCCCCACCCAUUCACUUUCCUGCAGCUGACCGAAGACUUCUGGUCGGAAUCCACCAGGACUCUUCUCGCUGACUUCCGUGCCCGCGGAGGGCGCUACAUCCCAAAGGACCAAGCUUCUGUCCACACCCUUGCUCAGAAAUCCCUCAUGAUUCCUCAUGAACACAAACCAAAGCAACAACAGAACGCAAACCAGCAAUACCUGCUAGCCAGGAAAGGCAACAAUGACACCCAAGAACAUCAGUCUAGACACCCUGUCUAUGACUGUCUUGACCCCUACCAUCACCAGAAGAUUCUUCUUCAGUUCAGCAGCUACUCGCAUCACUCAGGAAACAUGCCAGGUCACUGUAUCCACCCUUGGAUGGUUACCAUGGAAUUCUAUGGCUAUAACGAUAUCACCUUAGGCAUGUUCCUCGAUAGAUAUUGCUUUAGUGCCAACUAUCUGUGUCCCAGUGAGACCUGUGACACCCUGAUGGCUAAUCAUGUUAGGAGGUUCGUUCAUGGUAAUGCAUCAAUCCAAGUCCUUCAGAGACAGCUAGAUAGUCCUGUUCCAGGGUACAAGAACAAGGUCCUCAUGUGGAGCUGGUGUCGAAGAUGUAAACAGGUAACGCCUGUUCAGCCUAUGUCACGGGACACCUGGCACAUGUCAUUUGCGAAGUACCUCGAGAUACACUUCUAUGGGAAGGAUUAUGGUCGUCAUGGUAGCUCGUCUCCGUGCUGCCACUCUCUGCAUCAUCAUCACUAUCAAUAUUUUGGACAGCACAACAUGGUUGCAUCAUUCAAAUUCAGUCCCAUAAUUUUAAGAGAGAUAGCUUUCCCACCUCUUCCAAUCAUGAUAGACCAGCCGUUCAGAGCUCAUAAAAGCUACUUGGAGGAGAGCAAAAGUCUUGCCAUUAGAGGGAAUCAGGUGUUCCGUGGUAUUUUUGGUAACAUAUCAAGUCUAACGGUUGGCAAACUAAGUCAACUUCUUGAGCAGAAAGAGCAAGAGUUCACCAGUCAAUAUGAGACGGAUUACAAUCGCUUCAAGCAGAACAUGGACGAAGUGGAAACAAAAGUGAUGUAUGUGGAAAAGUGGAAAGCCAGCCCUGACAAGAAAAAAGAUAGCAGUGGGAACGACUGGAGCGAUUUCUGUCUCGAGGACCAGUUACUUGACAUUGAAGACUCCAUCGUCAUUGCUAAGAGAUGCUUGGCUGAAAUCAACUUUGCCUGGAAUACAAGAUUCCAUGAUUUUCUCCAGCAGGAAAAGGAAUUGGAGAAAAUGAGAAAGAGCUUAGGCCGCAAGCCAUCCGGUGAUGUAGAUACCCCAACGCCAACAAAACUGGAGUCUAAAACUGCUUUUCCUUUUGGACUAACACCCCCACUAACACCCAUGCUUACAAUGGAACAGUCCAGUCCUGUGUUCAUCAGCCCAUCUCAGCUGACCCCUUCCAUUACCAAGACCGGGGGGUUAGCCCUCAAACACCUGGAAACACUCCAUGAAAGAAAGAGGGAGGAGCUACAGGGUCGCCAGAGAGAUGAUAGUGAUGUCUCCAUGCUCGGUGACAUUUCUUUGACCUCCGAUAAGGCGGCAAGGUAUUUUGAUUAUGGUAUCUCACCGGGCCUGGUUGCUGGCCUGGAAUAUAAGCCAAGUAACCAUACGGAUUCUCCACCACAACAUGCUAAUGAUAACCACGAGCCAUCAGUCCGAGGAUCUGUGAACUUCAGCCAAGGGUCCCCACAGACAGGACCUAGACUAGGUCCAGUUCCAGGACCAGCGCCUUCAGUAGCCCCUAACAAUAAGAGAGACGUCGAGAAGAGUUGCGAGACCGUUUAUUCAAGCAGUCAGCUGGCUGCCAAGAGCUUCGUUGUUCAGGAUGAUAGCUCUCAACUGAAGGAAGAGAUAAAAGACGAGGGGAAGGACAGAGAGAAGGAUACAGGGAUGGAGGAUAGUGAGAAGGGCAUCCCCUGUUCUACUGCUGACGAACCAGUGACCUCUGUGGCAUCAUCCUUCACCCAAUCCUUAGAUGUGGUCGAUGGUAGGAGUCCAGCUAAGACCAAGCCAGGAGCUGUCAAAGGCUUUCUCAAUCAGUUCUUGCAACCCACUGGAUCUACCCAGAUAGAAACACCUUUCCCAGCCGAUGAGCAUCAUACUCUCCCACCGUGCAGUGUCAUACCAAUCAUAGUCUAUGACAAGGAGCCUAGUUCAAUCAUUGCCUAUGCACUCAGCUCGGAACAAUAUAAGACCAAGCUAUACGAGGUACAGCAGUCCCGCUGCGGCUCUGGUCGUUUGUCCCCAGGAGGAACAUCGCUAGGGUCAGCCCAGGGGAACAGUAACCCCGAAUCAGGACAGAGCAGUCCUCAUACCAGAAGAAAGGCUGCAGGGGAUGGAAGGAUGGGCGGAGGACCCGAGACCAAAGAUCUGUCACGUAAGAUUGGACAGUUAAAACGUGAGUUGAACAAAUCAGGGGUGAUGAUGUUCCACCGGACGAAGACAUCGAGUGUGGGCGGGGCAAACCAGGGUGCCUCUAAAGAUGGUGGACCCUCUAUUACCAUAGACGCUGAAGACGAUGACUCACAAGAGAGGCUGAACCCAGAUGACAGGCUGGAUGAUCUACCAUUGCCUCAUAUAGAACUACAAUUCUCUGAUGAAACCAGCACGCAGUUCUUCUGUGGUGUUUAUUUCGCUGCUCAAUUCCAGGAGCUGCGGAAGAUCAUCUUCCCGGUCGGUGAGGACGUCUUCAUCCGGUCUUUGUCUCGUUGCAUGCAGUGGGUGGCUAGAGGGGGCAAAUCGGGGUCAAAGUUCAUGAAGACCAUGGAUGACCGGUUGAUUCUAAAACAAAUGUCCAAGUCUGAAGCCCAUUCAUUCCUCAAUUUUGCACCACAUUACUUCCAAUACAUCCAGACAGCUCAUGAAAAUAAUAAACCGACAGCUUUAACGAAGAUCCUUGGCUUUUACAAGGUGGGUUUCCAGAAUCCUGUCACCAACACUGCCCAGAAACUGGAUCUCCUAGUCCAGGAGAACCUGUUCUACAAACGUAGGAUAGCCCAGGUCUUUGAUCUGAAAGGAUCUGUGAGGAACCGACAUGUCAAGACUUCCGGGGUCCAGACGCAGGACUUGGUUCUCUUGGAUGAGAACUUACUCAAGCACAUCGUAGAUUCGCCUCUAUACAUUCGAAUGCAUAGCAAGACAGCCCUAGCAAUGGCAAUCAAAGCGGAUACAGAAUUUCUUUCCUCCCAUCUGGUUAUGGAUUACUCCUUACUUGUUGGUCUCGAUGAAAACACAAAGGAACUGGUCAUUGGCAUCAUCGACUUCAUCAGGACUUUCACUUGGGACAAAAAAUUGGAAACAUUUGUGAAGUCAACAUCAGGAAAGAUGCCUACGGUUGUUUCACCUGAGAUCUACAGGAACCGUUUCUUGGAAGCCAUGGACAAGUACUUUCUAUUGGUUCCCGAUCGCUGGACAGGUCUUGGUCAAGAUGCUUACAGUAACAGCUGAUAUCGUUUCCCAUGAGCAUUCUGCAUACAGCUUUAAUACAUCAAAUACCUAAAGUGAUCUGGGUCAAGAUCUUUACAGGACCAGCUGAUAGAUUCGAGCAGAGUACGAAAUGUGACAUGAAAUAUUUCAUGAGAGCAUUCUGUAGAUAGCUUUAAUUCAUCACAGAUUCAUGUUAUAAUGGUUCUAGAUUUUAGUGUGGGGUCAAGAUGCUUAGAUUACAAGCUAGUAAAUCCAAGAAGAGUAGGAGACGUGAAAUAUCAUUUCGUGCGAGCAUUCUGCAGACAGCUUUUUUGUGUGCGAACAAUUAAAUCAUAGAUUUUUAAGAACUGAUAUGAAAUAUUACAUGAAGUAUCACUUUGUUUCAGCUUUCUGGAGAUGGCUUUUUUGCAGGAAUAAACCAGUUGUUUGAAUGGCUCUAGAUUGUUAAAGUGGUUUCGUACAAGAUGCUAUCACUAAUACCUGAAAAGAUUCACAAGCCUGUAUACUAGAGUGUCCAAAUAAGAUAAAAUGUUAUAUGGGCUUGUUAUUUUAUGUGAGCUUUUUGCAUACUGCCUUUAUAAGCCAAGCAUGAACCAAUGAUAUUGUAAUGGUUCAAGAUUGUUUGACUGGUAUGGCUUAGAAAGUACAUAAUUUGUAGUUACAUUGGAAGUGAUAUAUGCCCUUACAUGUAGGUGAUAAUGUGUAGUGAAAUAUAUUAUAUCACAAGCUUGAGU